CGGAGAGGGAGCUAGAGACUCUUCUCCAGCUCCAGCUGCCAUCCUACUCCUGCUCCUCCCCCUCCCCCUCCUCCUCCUCCUCCUCCACCACCACCACCAGAACCACUUCUCUUUCUCAUCACAUCCAGAGCACUUUGGGGAUGUAAGGAAUAGGAAGAGAUUGGUGACAUUGAGCAGCCUGCGCGUUCACACGACCUCUUGACCUCAUCUUCAGCAUGAAUGGUGAUAUGCCUCAUGUGCCCAUCACUACUCUUGCUGGAAUUGCUAGCCUGACAGACUUGUUGAACCAGCUGCCGUUGCCUUCUCCUCUUCCUGCCACCACCGCUAAGAGUCUGCUCUACAAUGGAAGGAUCUCUGAAGAGGUCAGCAGCCUGCUGGUGUGUCGGGACGAAAAUCUGGUGACUCAGCUGGCACAUAGCCUUAACCAGGUCUCCACUGAACACAUAGAGUUGAAGGACAAUUUGGGGAAUGAUGAACCUGAGGGUGACAUGCCAGUGCUUCUACAAACUUUGCUCUCCAGGAACCCCAAAAUCUUCAGGGACAAAUGUGUAAUGCAGCAGCCUAUGGUCCAACAGUAUAAGAUAUCCCAGAAUCAGGUGCAUGGGAGUCCAGCAUCAAAUUAUCAGCAAACCUCUGUUCCUCAAAGUCCCUCUGGAUGUUUUACAUCCCCACAGUCUGGGUCAGCUACUCGGUUCGUACCCCAGCAGAACAGUCCUAUACCUAGUCCCUAUACUCCUCAGAGUCCUGCAGACUACAUUCAGUACAAUCCACCCAGUUAUUCCCAACACCAACAGACUCAGCAAGUUGCUGGUGGUAUGAGAAAUAGCCUUGGCAACAAGGUCUCUGGACAGCUCUCAAGUAAUUCAUCUAAUCAUAAUGCAAGACUAGACUCAAAUGAAGAAUACAUGAACAUGGCUCACAGACUGAGAAAUGAGGAGAAUGACCCCUCCAUGAGGGCUGCCGCAUUUGCAGUUAAAUCACCACAGUCAGUGUGUUCCCCUGCUGGGAGCGAAGAGAUUGCAAAAACAGGGUCGCCUGACGUGCUACCAGGUUCAGCACCUGUCCUGCUUCUCACCUCUGCUGACCGCAAAAAGAAGCAGAGAGAAAGGAGUAAAGAGGGAAAUGAGCAGAUGGACAAAAACGCCUUGUAUGACAUUGUUAGCUCUCCAUCAAAAGACUCUGCCAGGCUGACUUUAAAACUGUCCCGAGUCAAGAUUCCAGACCUGGAUCAAUCUGGGGAACUUCCUCCUAGGGCACAUAUGGACUCAGACAAUGAAACUGAUUUGAUGAAUCAUCAGUUUUCAAGGGGUGCCCAGGACUUGCCCCACAAGUUUGGUGCUGUGGAGCAGGUUAACUGUCAGCAGGCUCCUGUUCGGCCAAAUACCAAGGAGAUUGGAGUCAUCAGUGGGGUUGUGUACGAUGAUGGUGAAUUAGACGCAUUUGCAGAGAUUGAGAGAAUAGAAUGCGAGUCAGCCAGUGAGAGAGAACGAUGGUCUAAAGAAGUCCAGGAUAAAGACAAGCCACUGAAGAAGCGGAAACAAGACUCGUAUCCUCAGGAAUCUGGAGCAGAGGCAAGUGACGGGCCUGUUGUACAAGGUGGCAACACUGCCAACAAGGUGACACCCAAGAAGACAAGUACUGCAAGUAACGGUGCCAGUCUGCCUUCUUUAAUGGUCAGUAUUGAUCUGCAGCAGGCUGGCAGAGCGAUAGCACAGCCUGUUGUGGUAUUGGAAGCACGGCAGUUGUGUGAGGACCACCUUAAGCAUCUAAAGUCAAAGGAAGAUGCAAAGGCAGAUAAAGUUGUUGAAAACAAACCUGGGCUCAACAAGCAGCAAUCUGACUGUCCCCGAAAGUCGGGCUCAGAUGGGCAACCAGAAACCCCUAAACAGAAGCAGGAAAACCGGCAGGAAUCCAGACACAGACAUGAUGCCAAGGCGGACAGUGGCAAGGGACACUCAGAUGGCAGACGGUCAGACACGCCGCGGCAGAAACAUAACAGGCAUUCAGACUCACACCACAAAGAGGAAAAGAACCACAACAGUCAUCGAUCCCAUGUCAGCCAACCUGAGACCCUAAAGACCAUCAGCAAAGCAGAGCGUAACUCCAGACAUGGAGAAGACAAAGCCAGGGAUAGAGAAAAGGAUAAGGACAGAGACAGAGAAAAGGAUAAGGACAGAGAUAGAGAUAAAGAUAGAGCUAGAGAUAAAGACAGAGAUAAAGACAGAGAUAAAGAUAGAGAUAAAGAUAGAGAAAGAAAUAAAGACCGAGACCGAGAAAGAGAUAGGGACAGGGACCGGGACAGGGAAAGGAAACACAAGACACUGUCAAGGGAAAAUUGCAACAGACAAUCUCCCGACCGUCAUACUAAAUCCGACACCCCAAGAGCGAAGCAAGAUGGGAGCAAAAAAUCCACUGACCCCAAUGGUCGUCAGAGGACAGAAAGUUCCACCUUUCAAAACCCCCAAAAUAAGAAAGAGAAGAAAGGUGGCGAUGGUAGCAUUAGAUGCCAGCCUGGAAACAAACAGCAGACUUUUGAGACAAAACCUGGCGAGUUCCCCUCAUACCUGUUGGGUGGCAAGACGGGAAGUCUGAAGAACUUUGUGAUUCCUAAAUUGAAACGAGAUGGGAGAGAUAAAGAUCCACAACUUCCAAACAAAGUGACAGUGAGAUGGAAUGAACCCCUGAUCAGACUGGAGAGAGUGUCGCUGGUAGAGAAUUUAAGCAAAGCAGCUAAACCUGUUGUUGUGCUUCAGAAACUCAGUGUUGACGAGGUCAAAAGGAUCAUUAGGGAAAGCAGGAAUGCGCACAGCUCCAGAUCCGACAACUGGUCCUCCUUUGAUAAAUCGGGGAGAGAGAUGUCACUUUGUGAGAAGACGAACAAGCGGAGGCACAGUAUGAUCAGUAAGAAAUCCAAGUACACUGAGGUGGACUCAGAUGAAGAGGAUGAGGACGACUCCGACAGUAAGUUGGCGAGGAAAAGGUGCAAGAAAGACCAUGACAAGACAUGGAAGCACGAAGAGAGGAAAGGUUCUUUAGAGCGCCAUCGUGGUGGAGGUUUCCAUAAUGCUCGCCGGGCAUCCGGUAGCCGUCAUCGUGAACUGAGCUCAGAUGAAUCGGAUGAAGGCUCUCCACCACCAAGCCUAAGUGAUGUUGCCAAAAAAUUGAAGAAAAAGGAGAAACAGAAAAACAGGAAAGCAUAUGACCCUAAGCUAACAGCAGAUGAAAUGAUGGACUCCUCCACAUUCAAGAGAUUCACAGACAGUUUGGACGGCAUUCUUGAGAACCUUGAGGAUGUGGACUUCACCGCCACAGAUGAUGAUGAGAUACCUCAAGAGCUCUUGCUUGGAAAGAACCAGUUGAGCCAGUUAGGCAGUGAUUCUGCUAAGAUUAAAACUAUGGGCAUCUUUAACAAGUUUUCAUCCGGCAAACUGGUGAAAAUUUUGAAUAUCCUCGAGAAGAACAUUCAGGACAGCGUCAAACUUUCCACAUUAAUGAAUCAUGAUAAUGAUUCCAUGGAUGAGGAGAGGUUGUGGCGUGACCUUAUCAUGGAGCGGGUGACUAAGUCUGCUGAUGCCUGUCUUACUGCACUCAACAUCAUGACAUCUCCGCACAUGCCCAAGGCCGUGUACAUAGAGGAUGUGAUUGAGAGGGUGUUGCAGUACACCAAGUUUCAUCUGCAGAACACUUUGUACCCUCAGUAUGACCCGGCCUACAGAGUGGAUCCCCAUGGAAGUGGUGUGCAUACUUCAAAGUCCAAGAGAGCAAAGUGUUCCACCCAUAAACAGAAGGUGGUAGUGAUGCUCUACAAUAAAGUGUGUGAUAUUAUCAGCAACAUCUCAGAGCUCCUGGAAAUCCAGCUGCUAACUGACACCACAAUUCUCCAGGUGUCCACCCUGGGUAUUACACCAUUUUUUGUAGAGAACGUCAGUGAACUGCAGUUAUGUGCCAUCACACUAGUGACAGCGGUCUUCUCUCGUUAUGAGAAACACAGGCAGCUCAUUCUUGAAGAGAUCUUCACCUCCCUUGCUCGACUGCCAACUGGUAAACGCAGCCUCAGGAACUUCAGGCUAAACAGCAGUGAUUCGGAUGGAGAGCCUGUGUACAUCCAGAUGGUCACAGCCCUGGUUCUUCAGCUCAUCCAGUGUGUGGUACACCUUCCCUCAGAAAAAGACAGAGAGGAUGAACAUAAUAAGAAGGUGGAUAAAGAUGUCCUCAUCACAAACUCUUAUGAAACUGCCAUGAGGACAGCUCAGAACUUCCUAUCAGUGUUUCUCAAGAAGUGUGGCAGUAAGCAGGGAGAGGAUGACUACAGGCCUCUGUUUGAGAACUUUGUUCAUGACCUCCUGUCUACAGUCAACAAGCCUGAGUGGCCUGCAGCUGAGCUGCUGCUCAGUUUACUGGGUCGGCUGCUGGUGCAUCAGUUCAGUAACAAGCAGACAGAAAUGGCACUCAGGGUGGCAUCACUGGACUACCUCGGCACUGUUGCUUCUCGCCUACGUAAAGAUGCUGUCACCAGCAAGAUGGACCAAAAGGCUGUUGACCGCAUCCUCAGAGAGUCUCCAGGCAGUGAUGAGAUCCAGCAACUUCAGAAGGACUUAUUAGACUACUUAGAUGAGAACACUGACACAGAUCCAUCUCUAGUGUUUGCCAGGCAAUUUUACAUUGCCCAGUGGUUCAGGGAUAUAACAAGUGAGGCAGAGAAAGCAUUGAAGUCUCAAAAUGAGAACGAUGAGGACUGGAAAGGUCACUGUCAUUCCAAGGAUGUUGACUCAACUGGGGAGAUUGUGCAGAGAGCCGAGGCACGAAAGAAAUUCCUUCGCAAGGUCAUCAAGACUUCACCAUCACACUUCAGUUCUCUGAGGACGAACACUACAGACUACAAGGACUCCUGUCUGAUCGUCAGAUAUCUGGCCUCUAUGAGGCCGUUUGCACAGAGCUUUGAUAUUUAUUUAUCACAGAUUCUGAGAGUACUGGGUGAGAGUGCUAUUGCUGUCAGAACGAAAGCCAUGAAGUGUCUCUCCGAAGUAGUGGCUGUGGAUCCAAGUAUUCUGGCACGGUUGGAUAUGCAGCGUGGGGUUCAUUGUCGCCUCAUGGACAACUCCACCAGCGUGCGGGAGGCAGCUGUGGAGCUCCUGGGCCGCUUUGUGCUAAGUCGACCUCAGCUCAUCGAGCAGUACUAUGACAUGCUCAUUGAAAGGAUAUUGGACACAGGUAUCAGUGUAAGGAAGAGGGUCAUUAAGAUCCUGAGGGAUAUCUGUCUGGAGCAGCCAGACUUCCACAAGAUCACUGAGAUGUGUGUCAGGAUGAUCCGAAGGGUCAAUGAUGAGGAGGGGAUCAAGAAAUUGGUGAAUGAAACAUUCCAGAAACUGUGGUUCACCCCCACACCAAGCCAUGACAAAGAUGCCAUGACCAGAAAGAUCCUGAACAUCACAGAUGUGGUGUUGGCAUGUAAAGAUUCAGGCUAUGACUGGUUUGAGCAGCUUCUCCAGAAUCUAUUGAAGUCAGAAGAGAAUGCUUCUUACAAACCUGCCAAGAAGGCCUGUGUUCAGUUGGUGGACAAUCUUGUGGAACACAUACUGAAAUAUGAGGAGUCUCUUGCAGACUGUGAGGACAAAGGGGUCAACUCAGGUCGUCUGGUAGCCUGCAUCACCACUCUCUACCUGUUCAGCAAGAUCAGAGCACAGUUAAUGGUCAAACAUGCCAUGACUAUGCAGCCCUACCUGACCACUAAGUGCAAUACUCAGAAUGACUUCAUGGUGAUAUGCAACGUGGCCAAGAUCUUGGAGCUGGUCGUGCCUCUGAUGGAGCACCCAAGUGAGACUUUCCUCACCACCAUAGAGGAAGACCUGAUGAAGCUCAUCAUCAAAUAUGGCAUGACGGUUGUGCAACACUGUGUGAGCUGUCUUGGUGCUGUUGUGAACAAGGUCACACACAACUACAAGUUUGUUUGGGCUUGUUUCAAUCGUUACUAUGGAGCUCUGGCAAAACUGAAGACACAGCAUCAAGAGGACCCCAACAGCUCCAUUCUGACCGCUAACAAACCUACUCUCCUGCGCUCACUGUUUACUGUGGGGGCUCUCUGUCGACACUUUGAUUUUGACCAAGAGGAGUUCAAGGGCAGCAACAAGAUCAUCAUCAAGGACAAAGUGCUGGAGCUUCUGCUGUACUUCACCACUCAUAAAGAUGAAGAGGUCCAGAUCAAGGCCAUCAUAGGGCUAGGAUUCCAGUUCAUCAUGCACCCAGAGCUCAUGUUUGUGCAGGAUGUGAAGGUUCUGUAUAACAGCAUCCUCUCAGAUGAGAACAGUUCAGUCAGUCUGAAGAUCCAGGUGCUAAAAAACCUGCAGACAUACCUGCAGGAGGAGGACUCUCGAAUGCAGGAGGCUGAUCGCGAAUGGAAGAAGCAAGCCAAGCAGGAGGAUCUGAAGGAAAUGGGGGACAUCUCAUCAGGCAUGAGCAGCUCCAUAAUGCAGAUUUACCUGAAGCAGGUGCUGGAGUCCUUCUUCCACUCACAGUCCACUGUUCGGCACUUUGCCUUGAGUGUCAUUACACUGACCCUCAACCAGGGGCUCAUCCAUCCUGUACAGUGUGUGCCCUACUUGAUUGCCAUGGGAACGGACCCUGAGCCAACCAUGAAGAACAAGGCCGAUCAACAGCUGGUGGAGAUUGACAAGAAAUAUUCAGGAUUCAUCCAUAUGAAGGCAGUCGCGGGGUUGAAGAUGUCGUACCAGGUGCAACAGGCCAUAAAUGGAUCCAAAGACGCGGUGAUCCGAGGUUUUCGUCAUGAUGACUCAGAUGCUGCUCUCUGCUCUCAUCUCUACACCAUGGUCCGUGGGAACCGACAACACAGAAGGGCUUUCCUCAUCUCCCUGCUCAACCUGUUUGAUGACAGCUCUAAAACAGAGGUGAACAUGCUGCUGUUCAUAGCAGACAACUUGGCCUGCUUCCCCUACCAGACCCAGGAAGAGCCUCUCUUCAUCAUGCACCAUGUAGAUAUUACUCUGUCUGUCUCUGGUAGCAACCUUCUUCAGUCUUUCAAGGAGUCAUUAAGGAAGGAGCCUGUACAGCGGGAAAAGAAGAUGAAGAUGAAAAAGAAGAAGAAACAGCAGCCUUGGAGGAGGAAAUAUAGCUCUGAUGAUGAGGAUGAGGAUGAUGAUGAAGACGAGGAUGAAGAGCAGAGCCGUGACAGCUCUAGCAGCAGUGAUGAGGAUGAUAAGGUGGUCCACAGGCGAAAGAAAUCAGUAGCUUCUGAUUCUGAGUCUGACGUGGAAGAUGAGGAUGCAGUGAUGGACCGUCUACCUGAAAACCCCAACCCCUUGCUGGACUUUGCCAGUGCUUCACAAGGUAUUCUGCUGCUGCUGGUGCUCAAACAACAUCUGAAGAAUCUGUAUGGCUUCUCAGACAGCAAAAUCCAGAAGUAUUCUCCAACGGAAUCUGCAAAAGUGUACGACAAGGCAGUCAACAGGAAAUCGAAGGUGCACUUCAGCCCUCGUCAGACACUGGACUACCUGAAGAGCCAUCUAACCAACACAGAUCUCUCUUAUGAGAUGAAGAGGAAUAUUGUGAAACAGUAUUUGGAUUUCAAGGUACUGAUGGAGCACUUGGAUCGUGAGGAAGAGGAUGAGGAAGGUGAAGCAAGUGCCAAUGCCAAAAACAAAGCCAUUAAUUCACUGUUGAGGGGCCCAAAACCCCAGAACCACAACCACAAUAAUCACACUGCUCCAGUGGAGACAGAUGAUGAAGAGAGCGACGAUGAAGAUCCACCUGCACGGAAACCAAGGAAAGGCAGGGAUUCCGCAGAGGAUUCAGGUCACAUGAAUGAGACUGUGGAAGCCAUGGACGUCAUUGCCAUCUGCUGUCCCAAAUACAAAGACAGACCACAGAUUGCCAGGGUCAUCCAGAAGAUCAAAAGUGGCUACAGUAUACACUGGAUGACGGGUACUUACUCCGGGCCCUGGGCUGUGGCAAAGAAACGGGACGGUCGCAAAAAGGUGCCUUGGGUUGACACUAUCAAGGAGUCAGACAUUAUUUAUAAGAAAAUCUCCUUGACAAGUGGACAGAAGCUUACAAACAAAGUGGCACAGACGUUACGGGCACUAUACGCUGCCAAGGAGGGGUCUAAGAGUUAGUCAACCGAAAUUACUCAGAGCCCAAAUCUUUGUGGAUCCAAUAUGUUACAAACAGAGAGAAGACGAAACUUCUUUAGAUUUAAGGACCUGAUGGAAGACAAGUUUUGUGAACACUGAUCUGUUUGAAUACAGACAUGUUUAAGUUAAACACAAGAAAAACACAAGAAGGAAAUGUUUGGGAAAACAUUGUGUGGGAGUUCCUUCGCUGUUGUGCAGCAACUUGGUUGUUUGAUUUUUAUUCCCACUGUAUCAUAGUUUAACUAAACACAUGUUUAUAUCUGAAUAUAAUUCUGUAAAAAAAAAAAAUAAAGUGAAUGUUGGAAAUUAGUGUAUUGAUGAUGUUCUUAAUAAAGUGUUUUUGGAGUUUAAACUAGCACCAGAUGGAUUUAUUCACUCAACCUGAGCUCCAACAACUUUUAACUGCUUUCUUUUUUCUUGUUUUAAACGUUGUUUACUCACACUGUGUAUAUCUUUGAUAUAAUUUAUUUAUGUUUAAAGCAGUGCAGUAUCUGUGCCUAUAUGCCGGGGAAGUUAUUUUGUUUUUAAUAUAGAUUUUGAUGUUAUAGAACAAAGAGAAAAAAAAAGUGAAAAGCCCCUGCUCUUCUGGUGGAACAAAUACUGCAAUAAAAAUUUUCUU